AUGUUGUUCAACAAGUCCAUCCUCGCCGUGGCCGUCAUGGCCCUCGCCAACGUCGCAGCCGCGGCUAGCAACAAUGUCCAAACCCCCGCCUGCGUUCUCAAGAUCAUCGGCGGCACCGACAACCCUGCCGACUCCAAGGCUAUCUGUGGCACCGACGCCAGCAAGAUUCAGUCCCAGAUCUCCAAGAACUGUGCCGACAGCGAUGCUUCCCUGAAGUUCUUCGCCAACAACUGCGCCCAGCUCGGUCACAAAGUUGAGGUUUCCAGCGCUACCGAGAAGUCAACCGCUACCGGCACCUCGGGCGCUGCUACUUCCUCCGGCUUCGUUACCGCUGCCUCGUCCGGCCUCUCUGCUACACAGACUGGUUCCUCUGCUCAAGCCACUGGCACCUCCGGCUCUGCCUCUGGUUCUGGCUCGGCUGGCUCUCACACUGGCACUGGCUCUGCCUCUGGUAGCGCUUCGUCCCCUACCUCGACCUUCAACGCUGCUUCGUCCGACCGCCAGUUUGGUGUCACCACCCUCUUUGCUGCGGUUUUCAUGGGCGCUGCCGCCUUGCUGUAA